GCACGAAGCGCACGGAGACUGGAGAUGAGUCCUGUCCUCGGCGCGAGCGCAUCAUUCCUGAAACACUACACGUCGCGCGGACAGCUGUGGCCAACCAGUACGCAAAUCUAUAAGCCCAAAGGACUCUCUAUGGUGCCUGGCGACUCUCUAAUCAUGGGGAACGGAUCGAUCAAAGCCUCUAGGUUAGAGGAGACCUGUCUGGCCUCCAGUAUAAAAGAAGCCCCUGUAUGGGAGUCAUCGGAGUCCCUGAAGAUGAGGAUUGCCCAAUUGGAGGACGAGUUGGCACGGAGAGACCAAAAUUUCCGUGCUCAGGAAAAGAGGUUGCAGAGCCUUCAAAGGGAGUUGGAAGCAAAGGUAUCUCAAAUCGAUAAACUCCAGGAUGCCAUUGGUUAUAAUAGCCUCGGACGUUCUCCGCCGGCCCCUCUGAGGCACAGCAGCAGGCUCCUCAGUGUGAUCAACCAGGGCUCCACCAGGUUCCACAGAGUCGCUGUGGAGGUGCAUAGACGCCUUAAGGCCAAAGAGGGAGUUUCAGCCGAACCCACAUCAGGACACUUCUGUCACAACCACAGGGUGCAUCACAUCUCCACAGAGAGGGCACGGGUACGCAAAGACUCCGGCACCAAGAAACUGAUCAAUGAAGCCAUCAUGAACAAUGACUUUCUGAAGAAGCUGGAGCCUCAGCACAUGAGAGAAAUGGUGGACUGCAUGUAUGAGAAGAUCUUCACUGCUGAGCAGCUGGUCAUUCAGGAGGGAGAGCCAGGGAACUUCCUUUAUGUUCUCGCAGAGGGUUUGUUAGAGGUAAUGCAAAAUGGCAAGUUGCUGGGUCAAAUGCGUCCCGGGACGGCUUUUGGAGAGUUGGCUAUUCUCUAUAACUGCAAAAGAACUGCCACAGUCAAAGCUGUGACUCAGUCUCACAUCUGGGCUCUGGACCGGCAGACGUUUCAAACUAUCAUGAUGAGAUCCACUCAGGCCAGACAUGAGGAGUACUUCAGCUUCCUACGCAGUGUAUCGUUGUUAAAAGAAUUGCCAGAGGAGAAACUUGCCAGAAUCGUUGACUGUCUAGAAGUUGAUUAUUUUGAUAAAGGGGAGUAUAUUAUACGUGAGGGUGAAGAAGGAAACACUUUCUUCAUCAUAGCUAAAGGAGAGGUGUCUGUAACACAGACUACAGAGGGCUUUCCUGAACCUCAAGAGAUUAAGACUCUUGGAGUUGGUGAUUAUUUUGGAGAAAAAGCUCUCAUAAGUGAGGAUGUCCGCUCGGCUAAUAUCAUUGCAAAGGAUGAUGACACGCAGUGUUUGGUGGUGGACAGAGAUAACUUUAAUCAGAUGGUGGGGACCUACGAGGAACUACAGGCCUACCUAAAGGAGUAUGUGGACCAGCUAUCUCUGAGUGAUGAGAGGAGAAAUGCAGCGUCUCAGUCACCUCUGUCUGAACGUGGUCCUGAAGCGGCGGAGAUCAGAAGACUGAGGGAGAGAGCAGCUGCUUUGUCCUGUAGCAGUUUUCUAAAGGAACUGCAAAUAGUAGCGACGUUAGGCAUGGGAGGCUUUGGCAGAGUGGAACUGGUCAAGAUGAAAGAUUCAGAAGAUACAGCCUAUGCUUUAAAGUGUAUAAAGAAGAAGCACAUUGUGGACAGCAGGCAGCAGGAGCACAUCUAUUCCGAAAAAAACAUCCUCCGGCAAACCAAUUCAAACUUCAUCGUCAGAUUGUUCCGGACGUUCCGUGACAAUAAAUUUGUUUAUAUGCUGCUUGAGGUCUGUCUGGGAGGAGAACUAUGGAGCGUGCUGAGGGACAUGGGCUGGUUUGAUGAAGCUACGGCCCGAUUCUGUACUGGAUGUGUGCUGGAGGCUUUCGAUUACCUGCACGGAUCAGGCAUUGUUUACAGAGACCUGAAGCCAGAGAAUCUGCUGCUGGAUGCUGAAGGCUAUGUCAAAAUGACUGAUUUUGGUUUUGCCAAAAAGAUUGGAUUAGGCAAGAAGACUUGGACGUUUUGUGGAACUCCUGAGUAUGUGGCUCCGGAGGUCAUUAUGAAUAAGGGUCAUGACUUUGGAGCCGACUGCUGGUCUUUGGGCAUCCUCAUUUUUGAGCUGCUGAUCGGGAGCCCCCCGUUCACAGGUUCUGAUCCAAUCAGGAUCUACACUAUGGUUCUACAUGGCAUUGAGAAGGUGGACAUUCCCAAGAGGGUCACCAAGCGUCCUGAUGAUCUCAUACGGAGGCUUUGCAAACUCAAUCCAGCAGAACGUCUUGGGAAUAAGAAGAACGGCAUCAUUGAAAUCAAGAAACACAAGUGGUUUCAAGGCUUCAACUGGGAGGGACUGAGAAGAAGGAAGCUGGCAUCUCCUCUGAGGAGAGAGCUGAAAGGGCCAUUGGAUCACAGUCACUUUGACAUGUUUCCCCCUGAGCUUGAAGAACCUCCAGAUGAAUUGUCUGGAUGGGACAAAGACUUCUGAGAACAAGUCUCCAAGUAUUUUUAGUGAACAAAAGACCAGACAAAAUCAAGACAGCCCAGACACGUGCUCAAAUCUCAUAUCAAGUGAUCGGUGAAGAAUGUCUCAGAAGUCUCAGCGUUACCUCAGAAUGAAUGUUGACUCACUGAGCUGUUUGUUGUUUUGUAACAAUGUAAUGUUGGUAACAAUAUCUAACAUCUGACAUGGUGAAGUAGACAGUAGUCAACAUUAAAUGGAUACAGUUGAAUAGAGAUACACCCAGCAAUGGUUGUUUGUAAAAGCAAUGACAAGUGUUACUGACUUUCAAAGGGCCAGGCAUACUACAUUCGAAACGGAAAAAUUAGAAUCUGUGUUAUGCUUUCGAUCUGAAUCUGGUCCAAACGACGAUUUAUUUCACUAGUUCCGCAUUGCAAACAAACAGAACUCUGUGGGAUAGUUUGCGUUGCAUAGUUCUGAUUAUAUUCUAUGCCUGAUUUCAGUGACCCUGGGCGGAGGCUGAGGAGCAUACAUGAAUAUUAAUGAGUUUCCUGUUUCAUUUUAAAGCGCAUUUGUGGCGCUUUAAAGGUCGCACUGGUGCCCAAGGUCACUCAAAAUCUCAGGAAUAGAAUAUUUCAAAACAGCAGUAAACACAUUCGAGCCACCAUUGCGCUAUAUGCAGGUGUGCUCUGACACUCCGCCUUAUUUGACUGGUUUCAUUCAAGAGAAAGUCAAGGACGGAAUAAAAUCAGUACAGAAAACAGUGACAAGAUAAGAACUACACCAAAACGGUUUAUUCUUGUUAUUAUUAAUGCAAUCUUGAUUUAGAAUUUUAUUUAUUUUAUAUGUAUUUACUAAACACCUUUUCUUCUAUGAAAUAGGUGCAAAAUGAUACUCUUAAACUUUUCACCAAAAUGGUUGAUGUAUCAUCUUCAAAAACGGCUGUAAGCCGAUGUUCAAUUUUGAGUUGCAAGUUCUGAGAUACAUUUUCUUAUUAAAAACAA